GGUAUACUUUUAAUGGUGUAUGAAUACAGAUAAAAAUCAAUCUCCUUCGACAUGGCAAGAACUUCCAUAGAGUAGUCUUCUAGCCUAGCAUAUGUGAGGAGAACCUUACAAGUGUCCUUAUUGUGACCAGAGAACGUCCCAGGAAGAAUUGAAACGUCACACUAAUACAUGAUAGGGAACGAAAGCCAGGAAAUAUGCCAACUCAACCCCUUUUAGUAUAUAUGGAGGGACCAGAUGGGAUAGCCAGUACUGUUGGUGCGCAGAUGGAGAAUAAUGAUGCCUCGAUGCCGAUAAAAGGGACCAACACAAUUUCUUACAAAAACGUGCAAGAAAAGUUCUUGAUGCAAGCGGAGGGGUGUAUGUCUUUGGAUUGCAUGUUUUGUGAUCAGACUUUUAAACAUCCUGAAGAACUUGGUAAGCAUGUCCUAACUCAACAUAGACCAACGCUUUGUGAACCAGCAGUUCUGCGUGUCGAAGCAGAAUAUCUUAGUCCUCUUGAUAAAUGUCAAGUUAGAACAGACUUGCCAUCACCAGAAAACAAUGAAAAGGACAAUGAAGAAUUUAGCUGUGAAGUUUGUGGGCAAACAUUUGAUGAAGCUUUUGAUGUUGAGACUCACAUGAAAAAGCAUAAGGACUCUUUCACAUAUUGGUGUAAUGUAUGUGGAAGAAGAUUUAAAGAGCCUUGGUUCCUCAAAAAUCACAUGAGAACACAUACUGGUAAACCUGGUUCAAGAAAUAAGCUUCAACAAGGUUCUGAAAGCCCAGUAACAAUUAAUGAGGUGGUACAGGAGCAUGUAACUGAAAAUGUAACAUCACCUUACAAAAUCUGCAUGGUUUGUGGUUUCCUAUUUCUCAAUAAAGAGAACUUAAUUGAGCACAGUAAAGUGCACACCAAAGAGUCAGCAUCCAAUGGUGAUAGCCCACAAGUCACUGAUGGAGCCAAUAAAGGAGGAGUGGCUCAGAGAGAAGAAUUUCUGCAAUUUUUGAACUUAAGACCAAAUGUGACUCCAGAAAAGAGUAAAUCAGAAAAACCUGUGAAAUGGAUAGCUGAACUGGAUCCAUUUAAUACAUAUCAAGCAUGGCAGCUCGCAACCAAAGGUAAAGUUGCUAUUGGCCAUGGACAGAUUAAAGAACCAGGGCAAGAAGGAAGUACAGACAAUGAUGAUUCAUCAUCUGAUAAAGAAGAACUUGGUGAAAUUUGGAAUACAAAUAAAGGUAGCCAGGUUAGUCAGACUGAAAAUGCUGGGAAGUCAAAGGUAGGUAAAAGUAGCAGUUGUCCAGGAAAUGGUACCCUGUCCCAAGACAAAAUGAAACAUCCCAGUGGUGAAGUGCCUUCUAUGGAGAUGGAUCCUAAAGUGUCACAAAACAAAGAGAAACCAACACACUGCUCAGAGUGUGGCAAAGCCUUUAGAACAUACCACCAGCUAGUUCUUCAUUCAAGAGUACAUAAGAGAGAUAGGAGGACUGAUGCAGAGACUUCAGCCACUUCUAGAACAUGCUGUGCAGACUUAAUUGUAACCCUACAUGAAAAUGGAGUAGUAGACCGAACAGAGGGAGGCUCUGAAGAUGGAUCUGAAGAUGGACUACCAGACACACUUCAUUUGGAUAAAAAUGAAGAUGGCUUGGAAAGAGCAAGAGUUAAAAACCUUGGGGCCUCCAGAGAAUGCAGCUAUUGUGGAAAAUAUUUCCGCUCAAAUUAUUACCUCAAUAUUCAUCUCAGAACUCAUACAGGUGAAAAACCAUACAAAUGUGAAUUUUGUGAGUAUGCAGCAGCCCAAAAAACUUCAUUGAGGUAUCACUUAGAGAGGCAUCACAAGGAGAAGCAGGCCGAUGUUGCAACAGAUGUGAAAAGUGACAGCAAAGUUUUGUUACAAAGUCAGGAGAUGGACCUCCUGUCAGCCACUGAUGGUGCUCAAGAAACCAAAAACUUUAAAAGGUUUAUUGACGGUGCCAAAGAUGCAAAGGGCUGCCCACCUGUAAAGCAACAAAACGAGAGAUUUUCUUCCUUUCAGAGCAUAUUGAGUGGUCCAGUCAUCUUGACCAUGAAAAAUGAUACUCAGGACUCAAAGAAGGAUGCAGUUGGUAAUAGCUCAAAUCAAAUGAAUGAGAACUCAGACGCUUCUUACCUGGAAAAGCUAAAAGCAGAGGAAGAAUUAAUGGAAUCGCAGGCAAAUGAUCCCAUUGAUAAAAAAGAGAGAGAUGCUUUAGUGACAUUGGAAGGAGAUGAUAUCCAGUUGAUUGGUGCCUUAAAGGACAAAAAUAACAUGGAAGAAAUGAGAGAGAGCGCCGAAAAAUGCGUAAACAAGCAUAUAGUGGGCUCUCAAGAAAAGCCGUUAAAUUUAUCUACUGGAACAGUGCAAGAAUGUUCAGUGAUCUCAAUUGCUAGAGGCUUGUUAGCAACCAGCACCUGCCCAUUUUGUACUUAUAGAACAUUUUAUCCAGAAGUCCUAAUGAUACACCAGAGGUUGAUGCAUAAAUACAAUCCUGACACUGUUAACAAAAAUGGUUACAGAAACAAAGCUUUGGCUAAAGCCAGGCGUACUGGAUGCCCACCAGCUCUUCUUGGUAAAGAUGUGCUUCCCCUGUCUCUUAACCCUAAUAAAAGCAAGGCUUCCCUAUCUAUGCAACCAAAACAGUUGCAUACAGAGAAGACUAAACAGUGUCCCCUUCUACAGAGCAAAGUCCCUGUUUUUCCAAUGGUAGAUUCCAGCAGUUCAACACCAAGUAACUUGAAGUCUUACAAACCGCAAAGCAUUGGAGCUCAGGCGAGUAGCUGUCGGCAACCACAGCAAGAUUUGUACUCAAAUCCUAGUAUUUCUUCAGUAAUGGAUAGAGUAAAAAAAGGUGAACCUAAAGCAAAAACUCUAAAUAUAUCAGCUUCUCAACCUGGUGUAGUUAGUAGCAGUAUCAAUAACUCCUAUGAUUCUCCCCUUAAUGAAUCUGCCUGGUUCAGUAAUCGAGGAAGAGAAUAUCUCCGCAAUAGAUCUGCGGGUCACAUAAACUUAGAAUUUGGUGAACCAUCUUCUAAAAGAGUGAAACCUAAUCUGUUAGCUCUUGAACACAUUGACUCUGCAAGGGUUAAUUACAGAAGAUAUGACAUGAGCAGAUCUCGUGUUGCAAACAGAUAUGCAAAUCUGUUACCUCAGGAAUGUUCACAUGCCAAACCUGCAUCCUCUGUUUUGCCAACCAAACAAGGGCUUCUGAAUUCAGAUGAAGUUGAUUCUCGAAAUGUACUGACUAUUCUGAAAACCUAUGAGCCGUAUAGCCCAGGACCACUUUAUGGUUCUUUUGGACCUAGCAAUGGCCAAGCAACCAGCUCUCCAAUAGAAGGAAAAAGGCCGGUGUCAUACCAACACUUAUCUAACAGCAUGCUACAAAAGCGAAGUUAUGAGAGUUUUAUUGGCAAUGCACGUUUUCGACCAAAUGACAAGAAAACUUGAUUAUUUACUUCAAGAAAUGGUCUGAGGACGCAAAUGCAUAUUUUGUGGCGUUAUUACUUGCAGUUCAUCCCUUGAGAGAAAUGAAUGGU